GUCAGAAAACAACAAAGCCUUAUGCGUUUCCCACGCAGCCACCCUUCGUCUCCGUUCCUCUUCUUGCCUCCCCGCGCCUCGCUCCACCGCCACGCUCCUCCCGCCGCCCAUUUGAAACCCUCCUCCGACGUACGACCCCAGCUGCGAUGGACACAGACAUCACCGGCGACGCCGAGACGGACCUACCGCCGCCCGUUUCGGAUGACCUAGACGACAACGGUUUCCCCAUACUACCCCCUACUGCAGCCGCCACCAGCAGCUUCGCUGACGACUUCUACCGUAGCGGCAUCGACUGGUCCUCCCUGCAACUGCAAGCCGCUCCCCCGCAUCAGAGGAAUCCUGCCGCUGGAACGAAGGCGAAGUGUGGCGGCCCGCUGGUGCAGAGGAGCCUCUUCCAGGCGUGGGGAAUCGAGAAGCCACCGCGGGAGGAGGCGGCUCAGGGGGUCCGGGCUGCGGCCGGGGUUUCCUCCUCCUCUGCCUCUCAUUCUGGUACUUGGUCCGGUAGGAAGCGGCGCUGGGGAGGAGACUCGGAGGAGAACGGGGUGGCCAAGAAGCCCGCCACGUGCCCCUUCUACAAGAAGAUUCCCGGUACGCCGUUUACAGUCGAUGCAUUUCGGUAUGGUGCGGUUGAGGGGUGCUCUGCCUAUUUUCUCAGCCAUUUUCAUUAUGAUCAUUAUGGUGGGUUAACCAAGAAGUGGUGUCAUGGUCCUAUCUAUUGCACUGCACUCACUGCACGCUUGGUGAAGAUGUUACUAUCUAUCAAUUCCGAAUAUAUUUGUCCCUUGGAGCUUAAUACCGAGUAUGUCAUUGAUGGAGUGACAGUUACCUUGUUGGAGGCCAAUCAUUGCCCUGGGGCAGCUCUAAUUCACUUUCGUCUUAGUGAUGGAAAAACCUACCUCCAUACUGGGGAUUUUAGAGCAUCAAAAUCCAUGCAAUCGCAUCCACUCCUCCAAACUGGCCGCAUAAAUUUGCUUUACCUGGAUACAACUUACUGUAAUCCAAAAUACAAGUUCCCACCACAGGAGGAUGUUAUCGAUUUUGUUGUGAGGACAGCUCAAAGAUAUCUUAAGAAACAACCAAAAACACUCAUUGUUGUUGGGGCAUAUAGCAUUGGGAAAGAAAAUGUCUAUCUAGCAAUUUCUCAAGCUUUAGAGGUUCCCAUCUAUACUGAUGCAUCACGAAGGCGAAUUCUUCACUCAUUUGGCUGGCCAGAUUUGUCCAAAAGGAUAAGUUCAUGCGAUCAAAGUUCACCACUACAUGUCAUGCCCCUUGCUUCGGUGCAACAUGAGAAAUUGACGAAGUACUUGGAAACUCUUAACCAAAGAUUUCUAGCUGUGCUGGCUUUUCGUCCUACAGGUUGGACUUUCUCUGAGGCAGCUGGAAAGGAGCUUGACCUAAUUAAACCAAGCUCUAGGGGCAGAGUUACAAUCUAUGGUGUACCUUAUAGCGAACACUCAAGUUUCACCGAACUUAGGGACUUUUUGAAGUUUGUGAGACCCCAAAAGGUAAUCCCCACUGUCAAUGUUGGCAACGCGGCAAGUCGAUAUAAAAUGCAAGCAUAUUUCCGGGAAUGGCUGCAGGGCUUGUGAUGGUUGAAGUGGGAUCAGUUUCUAUGUUAGCCUCAUAUUUGGAAUAUUCAGCAUGGUAUUUUUAUUGUAUGCCUUCUUACAUGCACAGUCCGACUUAAAUGCUUUGUGCUUUCAUAUAUAUUCUUUAACAAAUGCUUAUUUAUGUCAGUAGCGUCACGAUGGUACAUGAGGAGCAGCCAGAUAUUCUCUAGAAGAUUAGGCCUAUUUAUUCUUCUCUGCGCUGGAAAAGAUAUGCUUAAAGAGGUGCCACUUUCCCACACAUUUUGUAAAGGCAUGCAUAUUUACCGAAGC